UAGAGUCACUUCUGGGGUGAUUGUAGAAUAUCCAAAUAGAGCGAAUGUUCAUUCAAGAAAGAAGAUGCUGAAGAAGACGUGUUUAUAACUUUUGAGAUACAGAGGAGUUGACUUCUUGAAAGACUGACAAUCUCAUGGUUUUGUUCAUUCACAUUUAGAUUGAGAAGAUGUCUGUGAUCAUUCGACUUCAAGGCCUGCCCUGGUCAGCCAGUGCAUUAGAUAUUCGCAACUUCUUCCAAGGCUUACAGAUACCGCCAGGAGGGGUUCAUAUUAUUGGGGGUGAGAAGGGAGAUGCCUUCAUUGCAUUCAGCACUGAUGAAGAUGCAAGACAAGCCAUGAUGAAGACCUUUCAAAGUCUGAAUGGAUCUCCUGUACAACUCUUGCUGAGUAGUAAGACAGAGAUGCAAAACGUCAUAGAGGCAGCAAGAACAGGGCAGUCUGUUGAUCAGCCUGUAGAACCAUCCAUUAAACCCCUCCCAGUUGAGCCAGCAAGACAGUAUGAUGAUCCAUACACGCGAGGACUGUCUACUCAAGACAACCGGGGUGGUAUGCGAGAUGAGUAUCCUAAGUAUGGUGGCCCAGAUGCUCAACAUGGAGUGAUUGGUAACGAUCAAGGUUAUAAAGAUGACUAUCAAAAUCGCCCUCCUCAAGAUGCCUGGGGUCAGGGGGGACCAGGUAGAUUCCCUGAUAGUGGUUACCAAAGACUUGACAAUAGAGCUCCAUAUGGUAGGGACCCACCAAGAGAUCCUCCACAGAGGGAUGCAUUUCAGAGGGACACACCGCCAUUUGGAGCAAGAAACCAAGGUAUGCCCAGUGACAGAUAUCAAGAGCCUUUCAUGCAAAACCAACUUAAUGAGCAGCCAUUUGGAGCCCCAUUUAAUAGACCACCUGUUUUAGACCAAGCACCUGUCAGGGGCAACCAUGAUUCCCCUUUUACUGUGAAUGAACCAACAAAUUCAGUGGACAGAAAGCCAGAUUUCCGCAGACCUGAUCAGCGGGACUUCCGACGGGGGCAGGAAGGGAGAGAGGGAAGGGAAGGAAGGGAUGGAAAGGAUGAUCGUGAUGGACGAAGUAGUAGAGAAGGCAGAGAUAGGGAAAGCCGAGAGGGAAGAGAUGGACGUGACAGAAGAGACAGGUCUGACAGGGACAGAUCUGAUCGAGACCGUUCAGACAGAGAUAGAAGUAGGUCAGACAGGUCUGAUAGAAAUGAUCGUUCAGAUCGAUCAGAACGCUCUGAUAGGUCAGACAGAUCUGAUCGAUCUGAUAGGAGACAAGACCGUGAAAGAAGAGAUCAUUCAGAAUCAAGACGUGAGUCAAGAGAACCAAGAGAAAGAUCUGAAAAAUCAGGUUUUGAUCAAAGAAAUUCCCCAAUGUCAAGAGCAUCUGCAAGGCCAGCUGAUGAUGUUAGAGGUCCAUCUGGAAGGCCUGUUCAAGACCAGUUUGUGAAACCGGAAGGGCAUUUUGAAGGGAGUGCUCUGCCAUUUACUCAGCCACCUGAUUCAUUUCCUCCAAACGAACCAAGACAGUUCCCUCCACGAGACAGAGGAAUUGACAGACCAAGAGAGAGAUUUGACACAGAUAUGUCAAAACCUUCCAGGUUCGGAAAUGAAGAAAGAUCUGCACCCACAAGGUUCGAUGAAAGAUCAGAUCCAGAUUUUAGACCUGAUCACCGUGGACCUGAUGGUCCAAGAGGGGGAGGUCAUCCAUCAAUGUUCCGAGAUCAAGGAAAUGGUUUUGACAGGGAUAACAGGGCACCGGAUCCUGCUUUCCGUGGUGGCCCACCUAAUGAUCCUGGAUUUCCACAAAGACCACCACAGUCAAUGCCACCACAAGGGAGAGGCAGACCAAUCGAAGAAGGACCACCAGGAAUGAGACCACCAAACUUCCAUGAUGAAGGUUAUCAAAGAGGACCAAUUGAAUACCCCAAAUACCAACCCGAUGAAGACAAAAUGAAUGCUCCUUGGGAAAUGGAAGGCAGAUUCCCUCCAAACAAUGGUCCAGGUGGUCCAAUCAGAUCUGUACUUCAUCAAGAUUUUCCUGAAAAAAGACCUCUAAAUGGUGGACAGAAAGGACUUCUUGGAGAUGCUCCUGCUAUGUUUACUCCAAGAGUGCCAAUGGAUAGACCUGAUAUGGGGAUGGAGCAUGAUGGUAGAGGUAGAGAUAUGAACCAGAGACCCUUCAUGCCUGAUAGGUCAGGUCCUGGUCAGUUCCGAGAACAGUUUGGGAGACAUGGUGAGCCCCAAGACUUUAGAAAUAAUGAAGACUUUGAGGGGCGACCCAAGUUCAGAGGUAGGGAUAUGGCCCCAAGAAUGAACAGAGAUUCACAGGAGAGAGGUCCCCUUCGUCCAUUCAUGUCCGACCAUGAAAGACGUCGACCUGAUUGGGUUCCUGAUGGAGGUCAUGAUGGAAGAUGGCCAGAUGAUGGUCCAUCAAGAGGCCCACCUGGCAGGCCAAUGGAGCGAGACAUGCAUGAUCCAAAGGAAGGAUAUGAUGCGAGGGGACCUUUUCCACCAAGGGAAAGACCUCCAAUGGACGAUCAGAACAGGAAGAGACCAAGACAGGUUGAAACUGGCAACAUCUAUGUACAUGUCAAGAAUUUGCCAUACACUGUUUCUUACAGUAGUGUGCGACGUUUCUUUGUGGGUUGUGAAAUUCCUUUUGAUGGUCUUAAGCUAAUCAACAAUGAGCAGGGUAAGAGAAAUGGGACUGCUUAUAUCAGAUUUGUGAAUGAAGAAUCAAGUUUUAGUGCCAUGAAGCGGAAUGGGAUGGACAUGAAUGGGAGAACAAUAAUUGUGCACCGAUGUUCUACUGCAGACUUUGAUAAGGCUAUUGAUUCAUAUGUACCAGAUGAAGACGAGGAUGAACCAGAACCAUCAAAACGACCAAGGUCUGAACGAUCGAGGUCUGAUCGACCUGAGGAUGCAACCAAGACUGGUUCAGUUGUUAUGCCUGCUGCUGGUGAACCCUUUAUUGUCAAGAUUUCUAAUCUCCCAUUAAAUGUUUCUGUUGAUGAUGUCAAGAAGUUAUUUGGUGGUGCAGGAAUAACUGAGAACAGCUCAUCAGUGUUCAUGGAUUAUGACAUGAAAGGUAUGUUCACUGGAACAGCUUGUGUUGAACUUCCAAAUGCAGAAAACUACAAAAUAGCCAUGGGAUUUGAAGGUCAUCACAUGGGCUCUAGAAUUCUUCGUGUCAUGAUGGGAACGAAAGAAGAAAAAGAAAAACUUAAGUCAUCUGAAACAAACUGUGAUGUCAAGUCUCACCUUUCUCCCAAUCAGUCAGAUGGUGAAAAGGGACAAGGUGAGGGGGAUUACCCCUUUGUUUGUAUUCAUAUGCUGGGCCUGCCUCCACAAGCAACAUACAGAGAAAUUCGUGAACUUGUCAGUGGCUUGGAUGUUGCUCCACGUGGUGUGCAGAUUUGUCAUGAUGGGUUAGGGAAUGCAAUUGGAGAAGGAUUUGUUGAAUUUACAAAUAUAAAAGACUGUAAAGAAUCUUUGAAACGGGAUCAGCAAACGAUAGGACCAAAUGUCAUAACAAUUAAACCCAUAUUGAAGUCCGAAAUGAUCACCAGACUAAGGAAUGCAAGAACUCUCAACACCAGCCGACCGCCUGGGGGUCCGGGCGGUCCGGGAGGGCCAGGAGGGCUUGCUUUGAAUUCUCCAGUAAAUGUCAAACCUAUACCGCCAGGCGUGCUGAAGAGACAGUGGGUAUACUUAAGAUGUUCUAAUCUCCCUCUUCAAGUGACAAUUCGUGAACUGUUGGGAUUUUUCCACCAAUACAAUCCUGUACCUGAGUCAAUCCGCCUUCACUAUACAGGGGAUGGAAACCCAACAGGCAAUGCUGUUGUUGGAUUUCCUACCAAGGAUGAAGCAUCUAAGGCAAUGGCUGACCUGAAUGGAACCAUGUGUCGUCGAAACAACGUCAUCAUCCAGCCGGCCAACUCGUAACUGAAGUUCUGGUAGGUACCAAUAUAUAAGGUAUUGAAACCUCUUGAAGAUCUAUAAACAGCUAUUAAGACAUUGACUGUCAUUCGUAUAGACUUAAGGACAUUGUCCUUGACACCCAGUUCGCGUUGUUGCAGUUAUGGUUGGAGGUAGAUAGAAACCAGCCAUUCACAGUCGACAAAGAAAAAGAAGUGCUAUUAUGAAGAGAGAAAAUGACCCCGUCAUCAAGAAUCGACAUGAAUCGUCAUCGGAGGAUGCAUGCACCCAGCAUCGGCAUCGGCAUUCAGGACACAGCUUCAGGCAGCUGGUGAAUUCAUGGCAGUUCCAGUCACCAAGAUGGUGAAUGGAAGUUAAGAAAAAACAAAUCAUUACAUCACUGCUGACAAUAAUCAAUACACGCCAGUAAGAUAUAUCUGAAACUGAAUAACGUUUGUGUCGCUGUAAUAUUUCAAAACGAAAUAUCAGACAUUUCUUUCAUUUCGAUUGUGGUCAUGCAAGGUUAAGGAACCCUUUCGUGAUGUUACUCAACAUUAAUCCCAUUUGUCACGAUGCUGAAUUGGGAAAUGUUUUAACCAUUGUUAAAUGUUCAUUGACCUGUUAACUAUUUCUUGUUUUAAGUCUCAUGUUUUUACAUAAUGAUUGGGUUUAUUUGAUUUUAUAGCCGGUUUGUAAAUAUGUAAACACGUUGACAACAACACUGCUAUAAGGUUUUGCUAUGUACUGUGUGCAGACAAGUCACUACUGGGAUUUUGGCAGCUUCUUCAAAGCUACAGUUGCAACCAAUGUGCUUCGUGCAGUCACACGACACCAUUUGGUCAUCAGGACACAUGCUCAUUAGAACGUUAACUGAAAGGUACAUGCAACACGCGUUUAACGUUUCUAGUUGAUAAAACACACAGGAUCAUAUUAAAUAUAAGGCAGCCAUGAUCUUCUGGUUGUCUUCACUGAAAGAUGUAUGUCUUGUUCGGUAACUGUGAAUGGUGACUUGGACUGAAAAGAAAAGGACGACGUCAGUUUCCUUGAACUACACAUUCUAAUAGCUUUCCAUCAGUAUUUUAGUUUCAUUUAGAUGUGAGGGGCGGUGGGGUGGCCUAGUGGUUAAAGCGUUGGCUCGUCACGCCGAAGACCCGGGUUCAAUUCCCCACAUGGGCACAAUGUGUGAAACCCAUUUCUGGUGUCCCCCGCCGUGAUAUUGCUGGAAAAUUGCUAAAAGCGGCGUAAAACUAAACUCAGUCAGUCAGUCAUUUUGAUGUGAAAUUUAUUGCUAAAGAUACCUGUUUUGCUUACUUGAAAAUGUUAAUGAUACCAUUACUAAUUCAUUUGUUGCAUAAAGAACAUUAAAGUCCUACCGAGAAUGUCACUCGCAUACCUGCUAUGCUCAGUGGUAAUCAUUGGCAAAUGGGAUUGAAUGAAGGCGCGGGAGACCGUUAAUAGGGAAGCGAAACGUCUCACUGAAUCUCCCUCUCCGUCUCACUGAAUCUCCUCAGAAUACAUUUAACAUUAUGUCUUAUUGCGUACUCUAUAGAUACAUCAAAAUCAUUUUAAAAGUAUGUUAAAAUGUAGCAGUGUGUUUUAUGGUAUAUAAGGAUAUUCGUCAUCUCUGAACGUAUUGUUCAUCAUGGAGUGAAGUCGAUACGUUCUUACCUGGCCAACGUAUUCUCAAUCCAAAUGAGACGUCAUUGAUUUAUUUUCUUAAUUACAAUUGACGCUACCUUUUACGAUUUAGUUAAUUAACCUUCAUUUGUUCCUGAAUAAGCUAGUGUAUUAAACAAUUGUUGAUUAAAGGUUUAGCUACCAUAACAAUCACAGGCCUCGUGAUAUUGCUGAUUUGGACGUUAAUCACGAUAAUAAAACCUGUUGUGAACACGACACAAACCUGCAACCCUAAAUUGAAAGUGUUUGUCAUGUAAACAGGUAGAUAAUUGAUGUCUGAUGACGCUUUACAUGUAUAUAUUGACAUAUACGUCAUGUCUGCCUCUUCAUUGCACCCAGGAAGGAUUAGAUAUGUGGACGAACAACUUCUUUAAUAUAAUAGGAGCGAUCUUUCGGUAUAAGUUUAACGCCAUUAUCAGACAAGCAAUGUACUGCGGGUGGCCAUAUUAUUACUUACAAACAUAGCGGACCGAUUGGUGACGACAAAUUUUACGCGGGAGUUCAAAGUGUCAUAACUCGUUAAAUAUAAACAAGUGAUGUGUCCCUUGUUCCUUAUUAUUUUCAACAUCCGCCUUGGAAUCGAUGAAUAAAGAUUUCUGAUGAAAUCGAGGGGAAUAUUUUCCCAGAUGUCCCGCACUUCGUGUUCCAAGUCUGCAGCCGACUGAAUGCUUCUUCGGCGUCCCUGAUGUCUAUUCUUCAGGUAGAGCCAACAGUUCUCAAUAAUAUUUGCGUCUGGACUCUGUGCAGGCCACAACAUUCCAGUAAUGUCAUUUUGUCACUUGUAAUCUUGAACGACACGGGCCCGAUGUACAUGGGCGUUGUCAUCUUGGAAAAUGCAGCGGUUUCCCGGAAAAUGUCUGGCUAUAACGGGCCAAAGCAUAUCAUCGAGGAUUUCUGUGUAUUUCUGAGCAUUUAUGUAUCACCAUGCCAGGUGAUACAACCCCACACCAUCAAACUGACGCGUGGCUGUCGUCCCGGACAGACAUUGCGGGAGGUAUUCUUCACCGGGCUGUCUCCAAACAAAAACACGAUUGUUUUCCCCAAUGAUAAUUUUACACUCGUCAGAGAAGAUUACUCGAUUUCAGUAAUUAUUCACUGUACGAUAUCCUUGCCCCCUUGCCCAGGCCAAACGAUUUUUGACAUUAUAGUCACGAUUUCGGAUUUUCUUUCUAACAACACGUCUAUGAAAUUUAUUUUCAUAUAAUCGUCCCCUUACAGUCCUCACCGAUACACGUGUAGCCCUAUCGUUGUUCAAAUUCUCAGUUAUUUCACCCAAAGGUGAAAUCCUAUUGUCUCUGACCAACCUCAAAAGUUGUCGAUUGUCCCGAGGAGUCAGUUUCCUCAUACGGCCUGUUCUGAGAGCAUUCUCGACUAAGAUAUCCACGUUGAUUAAACCGCUUUACCACCGAAUAUACGCUGCUUCGAGGCAUUCCAAAGAAAUUUGCAAUGUUAGAACAUUUUUCCCCACUUCAAAAUGUUUUUACAAUUAAUAUCUUUAGUGACUCCGACAAA